AUGACGAAAAUAUCGGAUUUAUCAAUGCGUCGUCGUAAAAAACUCGGACCUCUCGAAAAACAAUUGAUAGCAACGUCAAUUUUUUUAGGAUUACUAUUCGUAACAUUUUGCAUACUUUUUUUCACAACUCAUUAUUACUAUAACGGUUUGCUUAGAAAAAACAGAGUUUGUCACACGAGCGAAUGCAUCGAAUCCGCCAUGACACUUCUUCAAACGGUGGAUUUUAAACAAGAUCCAUGCGUGGAUUUUUAUAAAUACGCUUGCGGUAAUUUCGGUACCCAUCAUCCGUUGAAAGAAAACGAUUUGUACAAUUCGUGGUUUUCCGAAAAAAAUACGCAAUUGAAUAGAAUUAUAUUAGACAUAUUGAAAAAACCCGUAACGUCGUACGAUUUGAAAUCUGUUAAGGACACGAAAAAUUUUUACAUGUCUUGUACAAAUAAAAGCGAAUUAAACGAUAUGGGUUUGGAACCAUUGUACGAAAUAUUAGAAUUAUUACAACUUUCAAAAUUCGUACCUAAUAAUGAAACAGCGGAAAAUUUCAAUUUGGGACGAACUUUAGCAUUAGCACAAAAAUACUUAAGUCAAGAUAUAUUCGUAACCCUAUCGCCCGGUGUUAGUAACUUUGGCUUUAACGAUUUAUGGAAACGAAGACGACGAGGCAACGUGGCAGCGUUGGAAAAUUUGAAAAAAGAAGGAAAAUCACCGAAUUCGCAAACGAUUGAUAUUUUUACGAAACAAACUAAAAAAGCAAGGAUUAAAUUCAUGACGGAUAUUUUUAAAAAAAUUAACGAGGAUUUAACAAACGAUUUGGAAUCCGAAUCGAAAAAUAAAAACGUAACGAAUUUUUUUUUCAAUAAGGCUGUGAAAAUAAUGGAUUUGGCUUCGAAUUUGCACAAAGCUGUAGGUACGACUUACAUCUACUUUAACAAAAGGACUGACGAGGAGGAGGAGGAGGAGGAGGAUGAGGAUGUGGAUGACGAUGAUGAUGAUGAUUACAACGUACAAAAAAAUAAAACCGAACGUAUAUCGUUUGCAGAAUUGGACGUUGUUAUGAGAGGAAAAAAUGAUAACGUAUCACUAAGCAAUAAAAUCGAUUGGGAAGAAUUUCUAACGGUACUUUUGGAAAAAUCAAAUAAAACAUACGAUUUAUACGACGAUCCUUUAAUUGUGGAAAAUUUAAAUUAUUUUAAAAGUUUGGGAAAAAUACUCGAAACGACAACGGCGGAAACUAUUCAAUCGUAUAUAUGGUGGGAAAUCGUGGAACAAUAUGCUAAAUACACGACGUCAGACGUGAGAGCAAUUUAUUACAAAUAUUAUCAAACGGUAUACGGAGAAACAUCAUUAUUAUCACGGAGUCAAAUUUGUACUAAUUUAAUGAAGAAUACAAUGGGCGUUGCCUUAUCACACGAAAUGUCAGUUAUCAAAAAUUACACGCUCACGGAAUUAAAAGUUCGCGAAAUGUUAAACGACAUACAAGGUGCUUUUGAAGAAAUGGUAAAAACAACUUCGUGGUUGGAUGAACGAACAAAAUCUGUCAUACUCGACAAAGUUAAAGGAAUUAAAAAAGAAAUUGGAUUUUCCAAUUGGAUGACGGAUUCGAUAAAAAUAAAUAAAUAUUACGAAGGACUAGAUUUAAAAGAAUCAGAAUUUUUAUUAAAUAUUAUGAGAGUGUCAGAAUGGGAAGUUCAAAAAGCGAUCGAUUCAUUGGGAAAAUUUAAAAAUAAUUCAAAUGAUAAUAAUUUCGGUUGGUUUUUAAACCCGAUACAAGUUAACGCUUAUUAUUCUCACGUGGAAAAUGCCAUAGUUAUACCCGCUGGUAUAUUACGAUCGCCAUUUUAUUUUAGAGGGAUUGAAUCUCUCAACUACGGUGCCAUUGGAACCAUAUUGGGUCACGAAUUAACUCACGGUUUUGAUAUUGAAGGAAAAAAUUAUAACAAAUACGGUGAACUUGAGGAAAAUUUAUGGUCGGAAAAUGUCAUUGAUGAAUAUGAAAAGAGAGCACAAUGUUUUGUCAAGCAGUAUGAAAAUUUUACUUUGUACGACAAUCAAAAAGUAAACGGAAACUUCACGUUGGCUGAAAACAUAGCAGAUAAUGGGGGAAUCAGAGAAAGUUAUAAAGCCUAUCAAAUAUACAAAGGUAGACAUGGACAAGAGCCAAAGUUACCUGGAUUUGAAAAUUUCACACACGAACAAUUAUUAUUUUUAUCUUAUGCAAACAUUUGGUGCGAAACUGUCACCCCACAAUAUUAUAAAUCAACCAAAGAUUCUCACAGCCCUCAAAGAGUACGAGUUUUGGCUACUUUGCAAAAUAUGAAAGAAUUUUCCGAGGCUUACAGUUGCUCAGAUGACACAUACAUGAAUCCUUUAAACAAAUGUAUUAUUUGGUAA